UGCGAGUUGGCGCCUAAUAUAGAAAGUCAAUAUGUCAAUGAUGGAUUCCCUCUUUAACAAAGGGUUCAAAGCAACUCAAUGUAAAACCUUAUUGAAACUGGCGAUUCCUCGAAUUAAGCUUCUAAGGAACCGGAGAGAGAUUCAGAUGAAGCAGAUGCGCAGAGAAAUAGCAAAACUCCUUGAAACUGGUCAAGAAGCUAGUGCUCGGAUUCGGGUAGAGCAUAUUUUAAGAGAAGAGAAAAUGAUGGCUGCACAGGAGAUAAUUGAAUUAUUUUGUGAACUUAUAUCCGUUCGCCUUCCAAUUAUUGAGGUGCAGAGGGAAUGCCCUCUGGAUUUGAAAGAAGCGAUUUCCAGUAUAUGUUUUGCUGCACCAAGAUGUGCAGAUGUUACAGAGUUGGUGCAAGUUCAAAUGUUGUUUGCUGGUAAAUAUGGGAAAGAAUUUGUUGCUGCUGCUACUGAACUGAUGCCAGAGUGUGGUGUCAAUCGCCAGUUAAUAGAGCUAUUAUCUGUUCGAGCUCCUGGUCCUGAUGUGAAACUUAAGCUGUUAAAGGAAAUUGCUUUGGAGCAUGAACUAGAGUGGGAUCCAAGUGUAUCUGAAACUGAAUUGUUGAAACCUCAUGAAGACCUACUUAAUGGACCAACGCAAUUUGUCAGUGGGUCUAAGGUUCCACUUCCAAAGGCAAAAUGUGACGAGACAAUGUACUCUGCGUCUUCUUCUGUUUCGAAAGAAGUCCCUGGUAAACGGUCCGAAUCUGAUGAUGAGUUCGAGUUUUUAGAUCUUCCAGGAGUCCCUAGGCAACCACUACAGUCAAGCGCAGACCGAGAAGUGGGAAAAGAUGCUGGAGGUAAUGAAAUAGCAUCAAAUAAACCAAAAAUGGAGUCUGGGGAAGUUUUGCUGGGAAAAUCUGUUACUGAGUGUAAAUCACCAGCUCAAAAGGAAGGCGAAAAGUUCUUGACAUUCACAGUUCCCCCACCGAAAUCUUUCAUGUCACAUUCUUUGGAGCAAAGUAAUCCAUCUUCUUCCAUUUCAAAAACCCAAAGGGAGUCCAAUGUAGAUUUGAAGGAUGUUUUAGCUGCUGCUCAGGCGGCUGCUGAAAGUGCUGAAUCUGCAGCAGCUGCUGCUCGCUCUGCAGCUAUCCUGGCGCAGCUCAAGAUUAGUGAACUUACAAAGAAACAGAACGAUGAGGUUCCAGUAAGCCCCGUUGAUAACCCAUUCCACGCAGAUACACAGAAGGCCUGUAACUCUGCAAGCUCGCAGUACAUUAACCAAAUGAAGCAUCCUUCUUAUGAUGAUGCAUCGACAGGGUCCAACAAUCAUAUUCUCGGUCAGGAUCAGAAGUGUCACGAGCCUCAGAGAUUACCUUCCAUUGACGACGAAACAUACUUCUCAUACCCCAACUUGUUUACAUCACAGGGCUCAAAUCUCAGCUCUCGCGCCCAGCCAUUCAAUUCAUCCUCAGUCCCCAGGUGAGUAGUGAACUUGGCUUCCUAACACAAACUAUAAAGUUUGUUUGAUGUGGGCGUUUUCGGAUUCUUUGUCUGCCAUGAAUUCAUUCAUUUGUACUAGAAUAAACACAAAGGGCAUCCAUCAAUUUCAUUAGUGGGCAUUAGUUUGGUACAUCCUGUCCAAGAACUGAAUGAUAAAAACCAUGUUUCUACCUACUCCAGUUGUGACAACACAUGCUUUCUUGGCUAUCCUAAACACUGAUUAUUAUCCUAUAAACA